GUUUCCAUCCCAGCCAAUCAAACGGCGAGGAAGAAUGUCUUCCUGAUUCGGUCCAUUUAUCAGCAUCGCGGACUGUGACGACCGCCUUCUCUGUCGACCGAACGAGAGACAACACUACCCUUGCACACAGUUAGGCCAGAUAAAGUUCCAGAACCAUGUCGAUCCUGAAGAUUCACGCUCGUGAGAUUUUUGACUCCCGUGGAAACCCCACCGUGGAGGUCGACCUGUACACCAAGAAAGGUCUGUUCAGGGCCGCCGUCCCCAGCGGGGCCUCUACUGGUAUCUAUGAAGCUCUGGAGCUCCGUGACAACGACAAGACACGCUACCUGGGCAAAGGUGUCUCAAAAGCCGUUGAUCAUAUCAAUAAAACUAUUGCACCUGCGCUUGUACGGCAGGAUGUCAGCGUCCUGGAGCAGGAGAAGGUUGACCAGCUGAUGCUGGACAUGGAUGGCACAGAGAACAAGUCUAAGUUUGGUGCCAACGCCAUCCUGGGCGUGUCCCUGGCCGUGUGCAAGGCCGGUGCUGCUGAGAAAGGUGUCCCCCUGUAUCGUCACAUCGCUGACCUCGCUGGAAACCCCGACGUCAUCCUCCCCGUCCCCGCCUUCAACGUGAUCAACGGAGGUUCCCACGCAGGCAACAAGCUGGCCAUGCAGGAGUUCAUGAUCCUCCCUGUAGGAGCCAGCACCUUCAAGGAGGCCAUGAGGAUCGGAGCCGAGGUCUACCACAACCUGAAGAACGUCAUCAAGAAGAAGUACGGCCAGGACGCCACUAACGUGGGAGACGAGGGAGGCUUCGCCCCAAACAUCUUGGAAAACAAGGAAGCUCUGGAGCUGCUGAAGGAAGCGAUUAGCAAAGCCGGCUACACCGACAAGAUCGUGAUCGGCAUGGACGUGGCCGCCUCCGAGUUCUACAAGGACGGGAAAUACGACCUGGACUUCAAGUCACCUGACGACUCCAGCCGUUACAUCACCCCAGACCAGCUGGGAGACCUCUACAAGAGCUUCGUCAAGGAUUACCCAGUGGUGUCCAUUGAGGAUCCCUUCGACCAGGAUGACUGGGCAGCAUGGUCUAAGUUCACGGCGGAGACCAGCAUCCAGGUGGUGGGUGAUGAUCUGACCGUCACCAACCCCAAGCGCAUCGCCAAGGGUGUGGCCGACAAGGCCUGCAACUGCCUGCUGCUCAAGGUCAACCAGAUCGGCUCAGUCACAGAGUCCCUGCAGGCUUGCAAAAUGGCCCAGACCAAUGGCUGGGGGGUGAUGGUCAGCCAUCGCUCUGGAGAGACCGAGGACACUUUCAUCGCUGACCUGGUCGUCGGUCUCUGCACUGGACAGAUCAAGACCGGUGCCCCAUGCAGAUCUGAGCGUCUGGCUAAGUACAACCAGCUGCUCAGGAUUGAGGAGGAGCUUGGAGACAAAGCUGUCUUUGCUGGCCAGAACUUCAGACACCCAAUCUAAGGAGGUUCAACGUCUCACUUGGGCCCUUCGUGUUUUCAUCCUGCAUAAGUACAGUAAACACCACCACAUAAAAGGCACGCUAGGUCUCUACGCACCGCCCUGUCCAGAGGAAGGAAUAUCGAGCGGCAUUGAAAUUAAACCCCAAUGUCCAAGUCUGUGGUUCCGUAAGCACUUUAGGAAACCUUACUGAUCUAACUUGUCCUGCGCUGACCGUAAUGCACCGCCACCAACCUAACCUCUAUGACUCCUUAAGUAGUAUUUGUCCUUUGUGUCAGUGUAACUUUAUCGCGUGACGAUGAGAGAUGUUUGUCCUUUGUGUCAGUGUAACUUUAUCGCGUGACGAUGAGAGAUGUUUGUUUUUGUGUCAGUGUAACUUUAUCGCGUGACGAUGAGAGAUGUUUGUCCUUUGUGUCAGUGUAACUUUAUCGCGUGACGAUGAGAGAUGUUUGUUUUUGCUUCUUGUGAGUUGUAGUGAUUCUUGGUUGUCACCUAUGAGUACUAUUAUUCUAGUGGAGAGCUUCUGUAAGUUUAGCACUGUGCUGUUAUUGGGCAGGACAGACAGAGGACUGUAUGUGUCACCUCUGAAGAGAAGUUCUCGUGUUGCUACUGUAAGCGUUGGCAGAAUUACCAGAAAUAAACCGAUGAAACAGACAGUCA